UGCACGUUAUUUUUAGGUAAGCUAUAUUUUUCUCAUUAUUGUCCUUAAAAAUAAUUUGAGUGAUUUAAGACUAAAGGCAUCUUAAACUGUUCUAGAAAGUUCUAGCCCGUUCACGCUAUUGGGGAUCCAAUGUGGAGGGUAUCACUAUCCUCUUCCUCCUCAAAAUAGUUACUGAUUCUAUUUGGCGAAAAGAAAUCCAAUGCGGAACCAGGGGUGCCACUCGCAUCGGCUGCGGUGGCAUCGAGGUCAGUUCCAACGCUACAUUCAACAACGACCAAGUCGAGAAAGGGGGGAGUGAUGGGGUUCCCCAGAAAGUUAUAGAUAGCGAUGAUCAUGAGGUAAGUUCACUGAAUAGGGAAUCAGUAAGGGUUAGUUCGAAAUCAAGCGUUUCAGGUGAAAAAUUAGAAAUUGACGAUUACAAUAAUGAUAAUAAAAUGGGAGAUUUUCAAUCUGCUGAUGCCCAUGAAAAUGGUAAGGCUAUUUUUUUAAAAUUGUAAAAUGCUGUAAAUAUUAACUCAAGGUUGAAAUAUCAGUGGACGAGGAAGGACAACAGAAAAACAACAGAGUUAUAUAAACCUUUUUUUUUAGUAACAGAGUUAUAUGAACUUGAGAAAGAGCGUUCUGUUGUUAAAGUUCUUUUCGAUUGAAUGAAUAGGUUUGGGUACCUUUUGUAUUCUGACUUUGUUAGCAAUUUAGAUACAAGAAAAUCUAAAUCAAGAUAUGAUUCUGUUUCAUUAUUUUUUUAAAGCUUGAGUGAGUUGAAUUCUUCAGGAAGAUUGUUGGAUUAAAAUUUACAGAUUUAAGCUCAUACUAGAAAUGUAAUUGGAACUUGGAUGAAAGCCCACCUCUUAACAUAAAAAAGAGAAGAGCCUUAAAAUAUAACAUUGUUAAGAAUGCUUGCAUUGUGUGUAUGAAUUGUGCUUUUAAUUCUUUUGCAUCGAUUGACUGCUGUGCUUAAUGGUAAAACUGUUCUGAAGACAAGGGUAAUAUCCUCUGCUUACAUAACUUAUAAAGGGUUCUCUAUUCUUGGUAAAUUUCAUUGUGUUUCGAUUAUCGUUUCUAAGAUUAUGAUUGGCUUCCCCAUUCACAUAUAGAAUUACCCAUAUUGUUUUGUGUCUGGACCAAAUUAUUUUACCCAUGUUUAGUAUUAGUUAUUAUUUUUUUGUUGUUUAUAAGAUUUUACUGUUGAAGUUGUUUUGCUGUUGUAUAAAUUGGGUUUGAUAUUUGCCGUUGUUUUCUUAAAUAGAAUAUCACAAAUAAUUAUUCCCCUCGAUUUCACUAAUUCUGCCAACUAUGAUUCUUAUGAACAAAGGUUGACUUUAUGAAGAUGCCAUUUUCUGACAACGGCUUUGAUGCAAUUUAUGCAAUCAAAGCUACUUGCCAUGCAACGGAUGCUAUAGGGCGCGAAAAACAAUUUUUCAUAAUGGAAGAACCAGUUAUACACAUCAAAGAUCAUAGAGGAUCUCUCCUUUCAAGAGAAAGUAGUUCUUUAAUCAAUACCCAUUCUCUGCACCUGAUCAAGGCUUUCAGUUUGAUGACAGAUUUAAUUCUGCUGAUAAAAGAAGCAAUGGUGACAACUAUAGUGCAGCUGUUAGAGUGGCAUCCUCACUUACAAGUCCAGGUCUACAUCUUGGCUCCAGAGACCGUAAUGGUUUAUUCAGUGAAGCUUUAUUCAGUGAAGCUUCGUAUCAAAUCCUUCAAGGUUCCAGAGCUCUUUGUUGAGAUUCCUACAACUGCAACUGUUGGUUCACUGAAAGUAUGCAGUAUUGCCUUCUUUUCUGUUGUUUUAUAGUGUGCUUCUCUUCUUUGGCCAAAAAAAAAAAAAGAUAUCAUGCUUCCCUUCUACUCCAACUUUUAUGUACGAAGUUUUAUACCAUUGGAGAAAAAAAGUGAACUUAAUUUACGAACUAUGAUUCUUUGGACAGGAGCAUAACAUCAUAACAAUAUUCAUGUCAUUUGAUAAAAUACUUCUUAUCAGACAAAUGGUGCUUUGGUCUUUUUGGUAUUUUAAGAAAUAAUGUAUAGCCUUAUCAAAAAUGAAGGAGCCUCUUUUUCUUUAUUUUCAUGGAUACGAGGUCAAGCAUACUGGUUCUGUGUCUGCACAUUGGUGAUAACUAAUGUCUAAUGGUUUUUAUAGACGAUAUUCAUGAAGGCAGUGACUACCAUACAUGGAGAUGAACAUUAUGUAUCAUAUGUUACUCUAUAACUAUUUUUGGCAGGGCAAAUGUUCAAUUACAAAAUAUUUUCAUGGCCAAUCUACAUACCUAUUUUCUUCAAUGCAAUUGCUAGAUAACCUCAACAUUGAGACAACACUUUUAUCACCCCUGGUCUUCUUUCUUUGCUGAUCAUUUUCUGAUCUCGCUUAUGAUUGUAAUAGGUUUGCAUCAUCUAACUAGGGCUUGGAGUUCAUUCAGGUAGUGAAAGCUACUCAGAGGUGAAUUUACCUAAACCAAAAAUUCAUUUUCCUGGUGAAAAAAGCUAGAUUGAGGAUACUAUGCCUGAUUUGGAUCUGCAAAAACAAAAAGUGAAUGUCUUGAAGAUGAGGUUUUAGUUUUUGCAGAUUUUUUUCUAAAUAUUACAUAGCAGUUUUAAGAUGAUAAUAGGUUAUUAAAGAAUGAAAAUGUACAAAGUUCAUAGAACUUAUGUUUAGGAGUUUUUCAAUGAAGGUUUGAUAGCUAAUUUUCAAAGAAAAUGCACUGUUGUACUUUUUCCUUGAUUUUAGAAAGCAAGAUAUGUAUAAUUUUCUACAUGUUUGUAAUGUGCACUACCUGUUUUUGAUACAUUCUAUCUUAUUUUCAUUCCUAAAUGAUUCUAUUUUAGUGUUAACCAAAUACACUAAAGUAAACCUAGUAAAAAAGCCCAGGCAUAUUACUUUAAUGUCAUCUUCUGUGUGAAUCUAUUAAUUUUGAAGGCAAAUAAGUAUUGUAGUUGCUAACGUUAUUUAGAUUUAAUUCAAAUAAUACAAAUAUAUUUUUAUUAGUUUCAAGCUCCUUCUAGAUGGGUGGCCAAUGUGGUAGGAGCCACACUGAUCACUUAUCCAAAUGGAGCAUUAAUUGUGGUGAUUUAAGACACAAUCACAACCUUUUUAUAAUAUCUAAUUUACCAGUUUUCUCAUAAUGGUUCUACCUGUGCCAGACACUGAGAAUUAGAUUUAUUGCCUAUAUUUACUUCUGCAGUGGAUCCAGCACUAGUCAUUGAAGGAAGCUGGGAUAUUUUGGAGUCUAUUGAUGAUAGUUUCUUUUUUGUUGCAAGCAGCUUAUACUAUGUUUAAGGUUGUUGGUUUUCUUACUGAAAUUUAAGUAGCUAACCAUUUCCAAGUUCUAUAUAAUACAUUCAUGUAACAUGUGAUAUUUAAUAAUUUGCAGGAAGUAAUCUUAUUGGAUGCUGCACAGUGAUUAAAAGUAUGAUGUUUACUGUUGGAAAGUUCCUAUAUUUUGUUGGUCAAAUUGAACAUAAAAAGUUGAGAAAAAUUGUGUGAGUGCAUGCAUUGUAUUAAAGAAUAUUUUCUUGCAUUUGUUGCAGGGUGGUUCAUUAGAUCUAUUUGUUGUAAAUUCCUAUGGUUCUACAUUUCAAGUAAGUACUGUGUAUUGAGUUACAUUAUUAGGUUGUGUGACAAUUUUCACUUAAAUCUAUUUUGGAUCUUGGUUGGAUGUUAAUGUGAUUAUACUAUGUUUAGUGCAGGCAUUAUUCAUUGGCCUACUUCUACCCUUUUUAUCAAAACUUUGGGGCUUUCCAUUUAGUCAGCUUCCAAACUAUCUUGAACAUUAGUGGUACUUUAUCAAGUGGUGAUCUUCAUCUAAACACAACCCAUUAAACCUACAAAAGCUGCUGGUGUUCCAUCCACCAGAUCAUGCUGAUUAUGAUUACGAUGCCGAUGUUGAUGACCAUAACCAUUAUUCUUUGUCUCCACAUCUUCAUCAGCAUAUAACUUCAAAACUGCCUAAGAAGCCGUGGAAGAAGAAGACGAUGCGGUAGAAGCAGAAGAACAUGCAAUGACCUUGAUAGGUGCCCGAGUUGACAAAGAAGAUGAAGAAGAAGACAUGCAAGGGAAAUCAGGAAGGGAAAUCACUAUAGAAAAUUGAAGCAUCAUUAACAUUAAGAAAGUCAUCUUGCAGCUCAGGGUCAAGCCAGAUCUCUCUUUCUUUAGUACCCAUCUCUCUUUCCAUCUCAACAGCAUCAAACCUUGAAGGUUUGCUUUUUUUCUAACCCCUGCAUGCAGAUUUUCACCUCACAACUGUUAACGAUUGGUCGACAGUGAAGCUGGUGCUAGAUAUUGGAUGUGGCAUAGGGAUUCUGCUCAAUGCAAUGGUGACUCAACUGAAGAAAGCUGGGAGUUUGGGUCAGGGUGUUGGGCUGGAUCUCUCUAAACGAACUACUUUGUCUAUGCUGCUAACUGCCAACGUGGAAGGUUUGCAAUUGUUCUUUUUUCUUGAACACAUUUCUUUUCAAUUUAAUUUCCAAAUGACGAAAUUUUUUGUUGUUGUUAGUGAACUCCUAAUUUUUCUGACGGCAAGAAAAAAUCUUUGUAUGUGUGGGUUUUUACAUGUAUUCAUUUAUUUUGCUUGUACUUAUUUAAAUAAGAAUGUGAUGAAACUUAUCUAA